UUGAUGACACACAUGUACAGCAACGCGGGCAGAGAUGACUUAUGGAACAAACUGACUGAGGCCAUGCAGAAGGAAGGGAAGGACAUCAACAUUAAGGAGGUGAUGGACUGCUGGACCCUUCAGAUGGGUUAUCCUGUUGUGACCAUCAGUAAGAACUACAGUCUGGACCACAGCGUCACCAUCACACAGGAACACUUUGUCUACGACAGGGACGCCAGGUUCAGAGACCCUGAACUUUUCAACAGAAG